AUGGCUGCAAUUAUGGGCAAAUUUACUCUUACUCACCAGGUGACUUUGCUGCAGACAUCCAAAGGAACAGACAUCCAAAGGAACAGACAUCCAAAGGAACAGACAUCCAAAGGAACAGACAUCCAAAGGAACAGACAUCCAAAGGAACAGACAUCCAAAGGAACAGACAUCCAAAGGAACAGACAUCCAAAGGAACAGACAUCCAAAGGAACAGACAUCCAAAGGAACAGACAUCCAAAGGAACAGACAUCCAAAGGAACAGACAUCCAAAGGAACAGACAUCCAAAGGAACAGACAUCCAAAGGAACAGACAUCCAAAGGAACAGACAUCCAAAGGAACAGACAUCCAAAGGAACAGACAUCCAAAGGAACAGACAUCCAAAGGAACAGACAUCCAAAGGAACAGACAUCCAAAGGAACAGACAUCCAAAGGAACAGACAUCCAAAGGAACAGACAUCCAAAGGAACAGACAUCCAAAGGAACAGACAUCCAAAGGAACAGACAUCCAAAGGAACAGACAUCCAAAGGAACAGACAUCCAAAGGAACAGACAUCCAAAGGAACAGACAUCCAAAGGAACAGACAUCCAAAGGAACAGACAUCCAAAGGAACAGACAUCCAAAGGAACAGACAUCCAAAGGAACAGACAUCCAAAGGAACAGACAUCCAAAGGAACAGACAUCCAAAGGAACAGACAUCCAAAGGAACAGACAUCCAAAGGAACAGACAUCCAAAGGAACAGACAUCCAAAGGAACAGACAUCCAAAGGAACAGACAUCCAAAGGAACAGACAUCCAAAGGAACAGACAUCCAAAGGAACAGACAUCCAAAGGAACAGACAUCCAAAGGAACAGACAUCCAAAGGAACAGACAUCCAAAGGAACAGACAUCCAAAGGAACAGACAUCCAAAGGAACAGACAUCCAAAGGAACAGACAUCCAAAGGAACAGACAUCCAAAGGAACAGACAUCCAAAGGAACAGACAUCCAAAGGAACAGACAUCCAAAGGAACAGACAUCCAAAGGAACAGACAUCCAAAGGAACAGACAUCCAAAGGAACAGACAUCCAAAGGAACAGACAUCCAAAGGAACAGACAUCCAAAGGAACAGACAUCCAAAGGAACAGACAUCCAAAGGAACAGACAUCCAAAGGAACAGACAUCCAAAGGAACAGACAUCCAAAGGAACAGACAUCCAAAGGAACAGACAUCCAAAGGAACAGACAUCCAAAGGAACAGACAUCCAAAGGAACAGACAUCCAAAGGAACAGACAUCCAAAGGAACAGACAUCCAAAGGAACAGACAUCCAAAGGAACAGACAUCCAAAGGAACAGACAUCCAAAGGAACAGACAUCCAAAGGAACAGACAUCCAAAGGAACAGACAUCCAAAGGAACAGACAUCCAAAGGAACAGACAUCCAAAGGAACAGACAUCCAAAGGAACAGACAUCCAAAGGAACAGACAUCCAAAGGAACAGACAUCCAAAGGAACAGACAUCCAAAGGAACAGACAUCCAAAGGAACAGACAUCCAAAGGAACAGACAUCCAAAGGAACAGACAUCCAAAGGAACAGACAUCCAAAGGAACAGACAUCCAAAGGAACAGACAUCCAAAGGAACAGACAUCCAAAGGAACAGACAUCCAAAGGAACAGACAUCCAAAGGAACAGACAUCCAAAGGAACAGACAUCCAAAGGAACAGACAUCCAAAGGAACAGACAUCCAAAGGAACAGACAUCCAAAGGAACAGACAUCCAAAGGAACAGACAUCCAAAGGAACAGACAUCCAAAGGAACAGACAUCCAAAGGAACAGACAUCCAAAGGAACAGACAUCCAAAGGAACAGACAUCCAAAGGAACAGACAUCCAAAGGAACAGACAUCCAAAGGAACAGACAUCCAAAGGAACAGACAUCCAAAGGAACAGACAUCCAAAGGAACAGACAUCCAAAGGAACAGACAUCCAAAGGAACAGACAUCCAAAGGAACAGACAUCCAAAGGAACAGACAUCCAAAGGAACAGACAUCCAAAGGAACAGACAUCCAAAGGAACAGACAUCCAAAGGAACAGACAUCCAAAGGAACAGACAUCCAAAGGAACAGACAUCCAAAGGAACAGACAUCCAAAGGAACAGACAUCCAAAGGAACAGACAUCCAAAGGAACAGACAUCCAAAGGAACAGACAUCCAAAGGAACAGACAUCCAAAGGAACAGACAUCCAAAGGAACAGACAUCCAAAGGAACAGACAUCCAAAGGAACAGACAUCCAAAGGAACAGACAUCCAAAGGAACAGACAUCCAAAGGAACAGACAUCCAAAGGAACAGACACCACACUUUUAUAA